AUGACUCCCCAAGAGAGUAUCCGAGGAGCUUGGGAAAGAUUCAAGGGGCUGAUGAAGAGGUGCCCCAAUCAUGGGCUGAAUCCGACGCAUCAAGUCCUAGCAUUCUAUAGGGGGUGUCUGCCUGAAGCAAAGCGCGAACUGAACUUGAGCGCAGGGGGGUCAUUGCUAAAGAAGGGAGAAGCAGAGGCCAUGGAGGUGAUUGAGAGAGUGACCUCUAAUGAUGAAGGCUGGAACAACGAGAAGAGCAACAUACACAGAGUAGCCUCUGCCGCAGAGAGCAGCCAUAUGGACAGCAUGUAUAAACAAAUGGAGCUCCUCCACAAGAAGAUAGAUCUCAUGGGGAUGGGACCGGCUAUACAGGAGCAGAAAGAGGGUGUAGAGGAUGUUAGCUACAUACACCAAGGGGGCAAUAGAUACUAUAACAACUCCCGCCCCAAUCAAGGGGGUGGAGGUUACAAUCAUUUUGGGAACAAGGCGCAUCCUAACCUAUCAUAUGGGAACCCCAACAAUGCCCUUCAACCACCACCGGGGUUCACAGUUUCUCAAGGAAUGAUCACUGAGCCGCAGAACAAAAGUUCAGAGGACAUAUUGAAUGCAUUCAUGAUUCAGUCACACAAGAACAUGGAGCAUACCAAUCAAAGGCUAGAGAAAGUUGAGAAUAAUAUGCAUGGCAUGGCAGGACAUAUGAAGAGCCUGGAGACGCAGAUGAGUCAGAUUGCCCAAGUCGUGGGACAAUUACAUCAAUCGGGGCAAUUCCCAAGCACUACAGUUCCAAAUCCAAAAGACUGCAAGGCAAUCUACUUAAGGAGUGGGACAAGCUAUGAGAGUCCUCCUAUGCCCGAGUUGGAAGCUAAAGAAGUGCCCGAAGAGAAAGAAGAAGAGGAGAUUGAGGUGGAAGCACCUCUUAUGCAGCCCGAGGUUCAACCCAAGAGAGUGCACCUCAAUAUUCCUCUUAUUGAGGCUCUCCAACAAAUGCCCGGCUACCUCAAGUUUUUGAAACAGAUUGUGUCCAAGAAGAAGAGGUUGGUUGAUUAUGAAACCGUAAACUUGACCGAGAAUUGUAGUGCAAUCAUCCAAGAAAAGAUGCCGGCAAAGAUGAAAGAUCCGGGGAGCUUUAACAUUUCUUGUGUGAUCGGGAAUGAUAGGCAAACUAAGACCUUGUAUGACUUAGGGGCAAGCAUAAAUCUCAUGCCUUUAAGCUUCUUCCGAAAGUUGAAAUUUGGUGUCUUGAAGCCAACUACAUUUACCCUUCAAAUGGCGGAUAAAUCUGUCAAAUACCCGAAUGGACUCCUUGAGAAUGUAUUAGUAAGGGUGAAUGAUUUUAUCUUCCCCGUGGAUUUUGUUGUUUUGGACAUGAAGGAGGAUCCAAAUGUCCCUCUCAUCCUUGGAAGACCAUUCCUAGCAACUGGAAAAGCUCUAAUUGACGUCACUAAGGGAGAACUCACCCUUAGGCAUGGAAACAAGACGGUCAUUCUCUCCUUGUUGGACAAGAUGAAACGUCAUGAAGUGGAAGAGUCCAAGAGAGUGGAAGAGGUGCCCUUAAAAGUUGAAGAGUGCAAGAUGAUACAAGCGGCACAUGUGAGGGCUAGGGAUGAUGAGGUUGAGAAUCCUUUGGAGGAAAUAUUUAUGCCUGAAUGGAUGUUUGAAGAUGAACAUGGAUUGGGGGUAAAAAGAUGA